UGUUAUCCAGGUACCUAGUAGAACUGGGUUGUAUCAAGCCACUUUGUGAUCUCCUCACUGUCAUGGACUCAAAGAUUGUACAGGUUGCCCUCAAUGGCUUGGAGAACAUCCUAAGGCUUGGAGAGCAAGAAGCCAAAAGAAAUGGCUCAGGCAUUAGCCCUUACUGUGCUUUGAUUGAAGAAGCAUAUGGUCUGGAUAAAAUAGAGUUCUUGCAGAGUCAUGAAAACCAGGAGAUCUAUCAAAAGGCUUUUGAUCUUAUUGAGCAUUACUUUGGGACCGAAGAUGAGGACAGCAGCAUUACACCCCAGGUUGACCUUAGCCAGCAGCAGUACAUCUUCCAGCAGUGUGAGGCUCCUAUGGAAGGUUUCCAGCUUUGAAGAAAUCCUCUGCUUUCUUG